CUAAGCAGGACACAGGACAAAGAACAAGUCAGGGAGAGGGUGGGGAAGCAACAUGCAGCUCUGGGGGCAUGGUGCACACGCCUUAUGCUAAUGGACAUGUGUGGGGCUCAGAUACUGCCAUGAUGUGGGCCUCCCAGGUACCCAGACCCCAGACAGACAAAGAGGGUCACACUGGUGGGUGGCUGCUUGCACCGGGCACCAUAGCUGGAAUGCAGGUGGGGCUGCAUGGAGCCUUUCUGGACCCACAGGUCAGGACAGUCCCAGAGUUAGACUCUGAUUCAGACUCAGAGGGUCUGGGCUCAGGCAGUGUUGGGCCAGGGUCAGGCUCCCUGCCCCACUCCCAGGUCAUCCACAGCGGCCACUUUAUGGUGUCCUCGCCGCACAGCGACUUGGUGCCCCGCCGACGCCACCACCAUUCUGAGCCGGAGCCAGCAGAUCCCCGGACCAUCGACCCAACUCUCACCCGACUCUUCGAGUGCAUGAGCCUGGCCUACAGUGGGAAGCUAGUGUCUCCGAAGUGGAAGAAUUUCAAGGGUCUGAGGCUGCUUUGCCGGGAUAAAAUCCGCCUCAACAACGCUAUCUGGAGAGCCUGGUACAUCCAGUAUGUGGAGCAGAGGAAGAGCCUCGUGUGUGGGUUUGUGACGCCCCUGGAGGGCUCUGAGGCUGAUGAGCACAGGAAACCAGAGGCUGUCGUGCUGGAGGGGAACUACUGGAAGCGUCGGAUUGAGGUGGUGAUGAAGGAAUAUCACAAAUGGAGGAUUUACUACAAGAAGCGGCUUCGGAAGUCCAGCCGGGAGGGUGAGGUCUCCGGCCCAAAGCAGAAUGAGGGUGAGUGGAAGCCUUCGGAGAAAUGGUGCAACCAGCUGUUCUCCAACGUGGUGCCCAUGCUGCUGGGGAACGAGAAUGAGGAGGCCGGAGGGCGUCAGCUCUUUGACUUGGACAGUUUCCUGUCAGACAUCUCCGACACGCUCUUCACCAUGACACAGCCCCCCUGCCCCCACCUGGCACUCCCGGAGGAUGCUUACACAGGAAAUGCUGACAUGAUCCAGCCAGGCCUGACCCCCCUGCAGCCAAAUCUGGAUGAUUUUAUGGAAAUCUCAGAUCUCUUCAGCCAUCGCCCGCUGCCUUCACAGGUGCAUGAGAGCUACCAGGAGCAGCCCUGCUUCACACCCAUGGCUGACAGCCUGUACAGCAGCAGUGCUCUGCCUGCCAGUCAUGCCAGCCCUCCGAUGGCCGCCAGAGCCCUGCCUGCCACGUAUGUCAAUGCCACAGUCCCACCCAGUGGUCUCCUGCAGUUGCCGCCAGGGGGCAGCAGGCCGAUGAUGAAGUCAGCAAGCACCAAGGCAAAGAGACCCCGAGGACUCCCUGUGCCCACCCCCUGUCUGCAGCAGCUCCUGACUGCAGCUAAACCAGAGCUGUCCCUGGACCCUCCAGCUACUCCUAGUACCAACUUCAUCCCCACCUCGCCACCCUCCCCGGAUGGGGGCCUUGCCGAAGUCCCCUCUGGCUUCCUGUCCCACACGGCCCAUCUGAGUCCGGGGCUGUCUCCUGGCUCCAGCCCCUCCCAGUCUGCCCCCAUCACACGGACUGUGGUGCAGCCGGGAUCCCUGCUUGUCCCCAAGAGGGAGCAGCUCUCCCCCCCAACGGCCUGUGCCAGUGACUGGCCAAAGUCUGGGCAAGUCUCCCCGGUGCCGGCUGUGGGGCUGACUGCUGAGAUCUCGCCGCCUCACUCCGCCCCCAGCCGGGGCAGGCCGCCUGAGUCCAACAAGACGGAGAGCCGCCGCAUUAUCCACAUCUCUGCAGAGCAGAAGAGACGCUUCAACAUCAAGCUGGGCUUUGACACCCUGCAUGGGCUGGUGAGCACCCUGAGUGCCCAGCCCAGCAUCAAGGUCAGCAAGGCCACCACGCUGCAGAAGACGGCGGAGUACAUCGGCAAGCUGCAGCAGGAGAGGGCUGCCCUGCAGGACGAGGCACAGCGGCUGCGGGGGCAGAUCGAGGAGCUCAAUGCGGCCAUCAACUUUUGCCAGCAGCAGCUGCCUGCCACAGGGGUGCCCAUCACCCGCCAGCGCUUCGACCAGAUGCGCAACAUGUUUGACGAGUACGUCCGGUCCUGCACGCUGCACAACUGGAAGUUCUGGGUUUUCAGCAUCAUCAUCCGGCCCCUGUUUGAAUCCUUCAAUGGCAUGGUCUCCACAGCCAGCAUGGAGAGCCUCCGCCAGACCUGCCUAGCUUGGCUGGAUCAGCACUGCUCCCUCCCCGCACUGCGGCCCACUGUCCUGAACUCUCUCCGUCAGCUGAGCAUUUCCACCUCCAUCCUGACUGAUCCAGCCUGUGUACCUGAGCAGGCCACCCUGGCAGUGAUGGGGACAGGCCCCAGCAACAACUCUUCCUAGUUAAAAGGGAGGGGGCCCUUCACACCUGGUAAGAUGGUCCAUUUCUGAAGAACAACUACUCGCCUUCUCUGGCAAGAUGGGGGUGCAGUCUUGGUCCCGCCGUCACCUUACUGCCUCAUGAGGACUGCACUCCACCAUGCAGUGAGACGUCGUCAGCAAAAGGGGACAAAAUCAGUGCAUGAUCCAAGACACCUGCUGCAUGGACACAUUUCACUACCCAAGAUGCUGGGAUAGCUCAGUGGUUUGAGCAUUGGCCUGCUAAACCCAGGGUUGUGAGUUCAAUCCUUACGGAGGCCAUUUUGGGAUUUAGGGCAAAAAUUUGUCAGGGAUGGUACUUGGUCCUGCUGUGAAGGCAGGGGACUGGACUCAAGGUCCCCUCCAGUUCUAGGAGAUAGGCAAUCUCCAUUAAUUUAGAAGAGCUUUGCCUUGGCAAAUCUCUUACCUGAAAAUAGCACCAUGUAAAGCUACAGACUAACGUAAUGAUGGGAAAUGCUGAUGAUCCUGGAGAACCUGGUUCCUUGAGAACAACUCCCUCCAGGCAUUGACCCUGAAGGAGAGCAGAGUUGACAAAGGCUGGUGACUGUCACCAAGUGGCAGCUGAGGGACAACCCCAAAUGUGAAUGUGGAGAGCUUAGGCAAAUGGUGGGCCCUGUCACCAUCCUGUGCUCCCAAGGAGCUCUUUGAAGCUAGUGAGCAAUCAGCUCUUGGCUGCGGUUUUGGAACAAGCCAUGAUUAUAACCAGUGAGAGCACAGCUCCAUGAGGCUCUGAGGCACUCAGGGUGCCCAUUGACAAGAGAGGGCCUUCCCCACUCACUGUUCAGCUCUAGAGGCAGCACCCACUGGCCAUGGGAGGGAAUCACCAAGCCGAGGAGGAGGAUUUCAGCCUUCAGCCUCAUCUUCUGAAGCAAGGAAGCAACUGAACCUGGCUCUGUGCCCCCUGAGAUUCAGGAGCAGGGAAGCUGCAAGAGCUGAUGGAAAGCCCAGCUCAGCAGCCAGAUGCUCAUGCCUCAUUGUCCUGCCUACCCUAGGGAUGGAAGCACCCCAGAAAGCACUCAUUGCCAACGAUGGGGCUAACUCCUGAAGCUCUUUGUGUUUCCAUGGAAGAUGCCUCAUGAGAAGAUCAGCAUCUCAUUCUCACAUCGUCUAUUCACAAAUAUGGCUGCUUCCAUUUACUAUGCAAGGGUCUAGACUCUGGGUAACUAUCUUCUAGUCUAGAUGCUUCAUAUGGUUGCUUUAGUCUCCGGCCUGUGGUUCAUAGUACCCAUGUCCACACUAGGUUUGAGGGUUUACUCUGGCUGGUGGAUGUUAAAUUUGAAGCAGUGGUUGUUCUGGUCACAUCUCUGGUGAAAUCUCCACUUUCCUUGGAGUCCAGUUUGAACUCUAGAGUGAGUAUAUUAUAAAAGCAUUCUGUCAAGUAUCAGAGGGGUAGCCGUGUUAGUCUGAAUCUGCAAAAGCGACGAGGAGUCCUGUGGCACCUUA